AUGCGCAAGCCGCAGACGGGAUCCUCGGCGCUGGGGGCGACGACGACUGGGCCCGAGAGGCCACGGAGGCCCCGGCCGCGACGGAAGCUCAGCGGGUGCCCCCGGCGCCCCUCGCCGGAGGUGGCCAGCGGCACGCCCAGGGGCCUCGAGGUGGGGUGGGGGCUGCAGCGGCAACCGCGGCGGCUCCGGUUCCGCGGGCUGGGGUGGCACUCGAGGGCAGCCGCGCCGCCAGCGGCGACGAGGGCUCGCAGGCGGCAGUCGCGACGCCAGCUGCUGCACCCGCCGCGCAGCCAGGAGACGGCGCCCGCGGCGCGGCGAGUGAGUGGUCGUACGAGACGGACGACGAGUCGGUCGGAGGGGCCGCGGAGGCCCACGCCGUGGCGGGAGCUCAGAGGGUGCCCCCGGUGCCCCGCGCUGGAGGUGGGGCGGGAGCUGCGGCGGCAAGCGCGGCGGCUCCAAUUGCCUGGGCUGGAGUGGCACUCGAGGGCACCCGCGCCGCCGCCGGCGCCGAUGGCCCCAAGGGCGCCAAGCUACGCCGCACCUCGGCUCAGGACGGCCCUGGCCUGGCAUGUCGGUGAUGGGAGUAUCCAGGUCCCGGGCACGCUCGGCUGGUCCUCGAGCCCCGCCCUCGACAGCCCCAGAGGAGACGGCGCCCGCGGCGCGGCGAGUGAGUGGUCGUACGAGACGGACGACGAGUCUGUCGGAGGGGCCGCGGAGGCCCACGCCGUGGCGGGAGCUCAGAGGGUGUCCCCGGUGCCCUUCGCUGGAGGUGGGACGGGAGCUGCGGCAGCAAGCGCGGCGGCUCCAAUCGCCCGGGCUGGAGUGGCCCUCGAGGGCACCCGCGCCGCCGGCGGCGACGAUGGCCCCAAGGCGGCAGUCACGACGCCAGCUGCUGCACCCGCCGCGCAGCCAGGAGACGGCGCCCGCGGCGCGGCGAGUGAGGGGUCGUACGAGACGGACGACGAGUCGGUCGGAGGGGCCGCGGAGGCCCACGCCCUGGCGGGAGCUCAGAGGGUGCCCCCGGUGCCCCUCGCUGGAGGUGGGGCGGGAGCUGCGGCGGCAAGCGCGGCGGCUCCAAUUGCCCGGGCUGGAGUGGCCCUCGAGGGCACCCGCGCCGCCGGCGGCGACGAUGGCCCCAAGGCGGCAGUCACGACGCCAGCUGCUGCACCCGCCGCGCAGCCAGGAGACGGCGCCCGCGGCGCGGCGAGUGAGUGGUCGUACGAGACGGACGACGAGUCGGUCGGAGGGGCCGCGGAGGCCCACGCCGUGGCGGGAGCUCAGAGGGUGCCCCCGGUGCCCCUCGCUGGAGGUGGGGCGGGAGCUGCGGCGGCAAGCGCGGCGGCUCCAAUCGCCCGGGCUGGAGUGGCCCUCGAGGGCACCCGCGCCGCCGCUGGCGACGAUGGCCCCAAGGCGGCAGUCACGACACCAGCUGCUGCACCCGCCGCGCAGCCAGGAGACGGCGCCCGCGGCGCGGCGAGUGAGUGGUCGUACGAGACGGACGACGAGUCGGUCGGAGGGGCCGCGGAGGCCCACGCCGUGGCGGGAGCUCAGAGGGUGCCCCCGGUGCCCCUCGCUGGAGGUGGGGCGGGAGCUGCGGCGGCAAGCGCGGCGGCUCCAAUCGCCCGGGCUGGAGUGGCACUCGAGGGCACCCGCGCCGCCGGCGGCGACGAUGGCCCCAAGGGCGGCGCCGGCCCUGCCUCGCCCGCCGGCCUGGAGGAGCUGCUGGUGCCACAGGGCGUCCGGAGGCUCGGCUUCGUGCCCCGCUUCGACCCCAGCGGGCGUGUCUUCGUGAAGCAGGUGUCGGGCGGGACCUGGGCGGCAGGGCGCGGGGUCCGCGCCGGGGACGAGCUGCUCCGCGUGGACGGCCGCGCCGUGCCGGGCGCCUCGAGGGGCCAGGAGAGCGCCGCCGCGCACCCGCGUGCGCGCCUCGGAUCUGGCCCCGCCGCGGCCUUCUGGAAGUCGCUCUCCAGCUCUGGCACCCCGGAGACGCUCACCGGAGAGAGCAAGAAUUGA